AUGUUGGAUAUUACGAUCUGUUCCAAGUCUUUGUGUGAUGGCGUGAGGGACUGGAGGGUGUCUGAUGAAGAUUCCCUCUCGGACCACAGGCUUGUUACGUUUAGAUUGGAAUCGAAGGAUCGGGAACAUGAGUGGGGACGUAAUUCUAGGAGUACUGACUGGGCUUCAUAUAGAGAAGACCUCAAGGCCUCCAUGGCAUGCUUCCCCACUUCGUAUAGAACGAGGAAAGAGUUAAGGCUUGCAGCGGAAUAUCUGCGAGAUUCUAUUAUCUGCCCCUUUGAAAGAAAUUGUGUAGUUAAGAAAAUGGGCUUCAAUGGGGGUAGUAAAUGGUGGACCCCCCGUUUGGAGGAACAUAGAAAAACGGUAAGAAAGCUUUUAAAUAAAGCCAAGAAACGUAGGCAUCAGCGAGCAUGGAAUGAAUAUCAUACCGCUCGCGAUUCUUACAAGAAAGAAGUAGAGAGGGCAAGGGGUGUCAGCUGGAGAAGUUUUUGUGAGGGAAUCGAGAGGGUACCAGAAGCAUCAAGACUUCAUAAAGUACUAGCUCGAGACCCAAUGGCAAAAUUAACUACUUUUAAGCUGCCUAAUGGGCAGUAUGCCCAGGAUAAAAGGGAGUGUAUAAAGCACCUGAUGGAAGUAAACUUCCCGGACUUUAGACAAGGUUCGGAGAACAGCCAUGGCAUAGGACCAGGUAGGAACCGAGGAUAUCUGGAACACUGGAAACUAGCAGCCAAGGUCGUAACUCCGGAAGGGAUUGAUUGGGCAAUAAUCACUUUUAAACCAUUUAAGGCUUUAGGGGGGGACGGUCAGGGUAUACUGCGGCGAAGGACUUCAGGCCAAUCAGCUUAA